AUGUUUCAAAUAAAUAGCAAUAAGAGUCCUGGACCAGAUGGAUAUGGAAGUGGUUUUUACAAUGCAUCUUGGAAGAUAGUAGGACAGGAUGUUACAGAAGCAGUGAUGGAGUUCUUUCAGAAUGGAAAGUUGCUUAAGUAUCUCAAUUCAACUAUUAUAGCACUCAUUCCAAAUGUGGAAGUUCCAGAAGAAGCUAGUCAAUAUAGACCAAUUUCAUGUUAUAAUGUGUUAUAUAAAUGCAUUUCGAAACUGAAAAUCAAUCAGCCCUUGUCUAGGGAAGAUCUACGUUGCACAAAGAGCAUUAAUGGGCUUUGGUUUUUCAGGAAGAGAGGUCUCAGGCAAGGGAAUCCUAUUUCCCCCCUACUAUUUGUCAUAGUGAUGGAGUAUCUAUCUAAAAUACUGAAGACAGUUAGUAUGUUACCAGAUUUCAAGUAUCAUCCUCCCAUGUGUAAGCCUAUGAAACUUACUCACCUUAUCCUUGCGGAUGACUUGAUUAUUUUUUGCAAAGGGAAUGAGAGUUCAGUAAAUAGAAUCAUGGAGGCACUAAGUCACUUUAGUGAUGUUACUGGAUUGGUUGCAAAUAUGGAAACGUCAAGUAUUUUCAUGGCUGGGAUAGAUGACAGCACACAAGAAAAACUACUGGCUAGAACAAGUUUCACUUUUGGAACCCUUCCUAUCAAGUAUUUAGGCCUUCCCAUUUCUCCACAAAAGUGGAACAAACUGGAUUAUCAUAUGCUGGUGGAAAAGAUCACAUAG